AUGGUACCCAAUGGAAAUGUUACAGUUUAUCAAUUUUUUCAGAUGGAAUCACAAGCACUUGAUGUAGAGCACGAGGAGGUAGUAGACGAGGGAUUUGUAUGCGCACAAUGCGGAAAACGCAUGAAACAUGCAAGUUCCCUUAGACGACACAAUGAGUCUCAUAGUUCAGCCACAUACAGCUGUAGUUCUUGUGGCAAGACAUUUAAGUCUAAUUAUCUCCUUAAGCAACACCACAAGCGAAAACAUGAGACUACAGACCAAAGAAUAUGUUUUAAUUGUGGGAAAACAUUUUCAUCAUUAAGUAAUCAUCUAAGAAACAAACACUCAGAAAAGAAGAGGUUCCCUUAUAUUCUGUGCAACAAGCACUUCAAUGACAAGUAUGCCCUUACAAAACACAUGAAAAAACAUGAUGGACCAACAGAAAAGUGCCCAAAGUGUCUUAAGGAAUUCAAACACUUAGAGAAUCACAUGAAAAGCUGUCGCAGGAAGAAAUCAUCAAUAUUAUAG